CUCCGCAAGGAAAGGAACAUUUCCACCAUUUAACACGGGCUGUCCGAAGCCACACGCCUCUAAUUCACGAAUGCACUGAUGCAAAACAAUCACAAUGCCAUCGUCGCGCUCCCGAAAACGUGAUUCGACCCUCCAAACCCUCGACAUCCUGAAUAACGUCGGCAGCGCAAACCCAGACCCAAACGCCAACGCCAACGCCAGCCCCAACACCCGUUCGCGCGUGCUCCCGCCCCGUCGCAAGCUCCACGCGGUCUCUCGCGCGCAGGAGCCCAGGAGUGAUGGUAUUUGGAAUAUACCGAAGUCGCCAGAGGAGCGUGGAGGGAAUGCUGGGAGGGAGAGGGUUGGGGUUAGUGAGCCGAUUACGCCGCGACGGUCUACGAGGAUUCGGGAGACUGGAUCUUCGGGGGGUGGUGAUGAUAAGGUGAUGACAGGGAGUGGAGGGCGGAGGUCGCUGAGGUCUACGCGGGGGUUUGAUUAUCAUGAGGAGAGUGGUGAGGAUGAAGAGGAGGAAAGUGACGAGGAGGGUGAAGAUGAGGACAACAAUGGGGACGAACAGGAACAGGAAGAGGAAGAGGAGGACGACGAGGAGCAAGAAAUCCACCUAUUCUCAGACGAUGAGCCUGAAACUACCAAACGGCCGAAUACACGUUCUCUACGGAAAUCACACGGACAAUCAGACGACAAGGAAUUCCCGAGCUUCCUCUCCCCUACCGCACUUCUCAAUGGCCAGGUGCCAUCCAGCGAUGACGAACCCGACGAACCUAACGCGACCAACGAAACCUAUGCCGACAACACAGGACAGGAAGAAGGCGGUGAUUCAGAAGCGGAACAGUCAAACGCAGAAGAGCUUGGCGAGGCUGAAACCAAUCGACCCAGCGAGAGCAGGAACUGGAGUCAUCCGCCCACUUCAGUGGUCGAGAUCAGGUUGCCCCUGAGCUCACCGCAUAAACCACGGAGUUCACCACCAGUGCAGGAGGUGCGUAGGGAUCAGGCAGAGAGGGAAUCUGAUGAGUCUGAGUGGGAGGACGAACAAUCAGUCGAUAACGCGGUUAACGGCGAACAGUCGAGCAGCAUGGGCAUACCACAUAGACCAGAAAGCUCACCAGCGGAGCAGGAGAUGCGCGAAGAUUAUAUAGAAAGGGAGGCGGAGAGGGAAUCAGAUGACUCUGAAUCGGAGGAGCAAUUGGCCGAUAUUGCGGUAGACGAAGGCGAAAGAUCAAGCAGAACGAGUAUACCACAUAGACAACGGAGUCUACCAGAGCAGGCGAUGCACAGUGGUCAUACAGAUGGGGAAUCUGAAAGUGAAUCUGACGACUCGUCGGAGGAGAAUAGUGCGGUAGAUGAAGCCCAACGAGCGGGCAACGCGAGAUUACGGGGCUUACUAGCAGAGCUGGAGACGCGGAGGAAUCGUAUACAAAGAGAACCCGAUGAACCCGAGUCAGAAGAGGAGCAGUUACCCGAUGAUACGGUAAACGACGGCGGGGAAUCUAUUUCGAGUUUCCAACCGGAAAAUGAACAAGAUUCCAGCAGCUCUUCUCCCGAACCCUCUGAUGCGGACGAAGAGGACUUUCCACAACGUCAGCCCAGAAAACGACGCCGUGUCGAGCGCUAUUCUCCGGGGCUAACCCGGCCCCAAAGCAACCAGAACCCAAUGUUUGUAACUGGGCAGAGUAGAGAAAGCGAAAGCGAAAGCGAAAGCGAAGAAAGUGGAGUGUCUGAUAACGAGGAAGACGAGGCAGAGAGGGCAGCAGCCAUCGCAGAAGAGGAGGAGCAGGUCAGAAAACUUCAAUGGAUGGAGGAGGCGAUGAGACUUGGUGGACAACGAGUGAACUGGCUCACCUUGACCAGGACAGCCAGAAAACUGAAGCAACUGGUUGAUCCCGCUUUAGCUGAGUCGUUCGUGGAUAUCUGGACAACAAUCAAAGUACUGUCUCGGCUUUACGGGGAAAGGGAUAAUCGGCCAUCUGACAUGACGCUCAGACAAUGCGACAACCUCUUCGGGAGCAUCCGGUGUGAGGGAGAGAGGCUGCUCGACCAAGCCUAUCAUCUAGCCACCAGGCCCGAUGGAGCUCGUGACGAAGUGUAUGCAUGUGACCUAGUGGACGAAUUUGAGGCACGAGUGAUUCCGGAAAUGGUUAAGCUGGUCUUUGCAUGCUUCAAUGCUUACUAUACCGAUGCGGACAUGUUUCCUGGGAUUUACGAACACUUUCGUCGUGUGCUUGUUCUCCUCCGGCAGCUUUGCGAUCGCACUACGAGUAUGAAGAUGCAGCGGAUUGUGCAUGGUACGGUGCGCUGCAAAGAACUUGGACGAGCACUGAACGCCAUCAUCAAAGCGCUAGAUUCACGGGAUUUACGAAGAAGGAAAUCAGCAAGAUCCUACAGCUCUAUCUCGGAUAGGUCCGGACAGGGUGGAUCGCGCGGUUCUAUAGUGAUUGAGGACGAUACUGGCCGCGAGUGGUCUCAAGACGAGGGCCUAGCUCUGAUAGAUGGGCUGCGGGCAUAUCAGGGGCCUGACCGGUACCUCCAGAUCAUUGGGCAUUUCGGGCAUCGACUGCGGAACCGGACCCAGCAGGAACUGCGCGCAAAGGCGCUACAGGUGCAUGAUAGAAUGCGGCCAAAGAUUUCGACGCAGGUACAGACGGCAGAGGGACGACGGCAAUGGGAGUGGUUGCUGAGUGUGCGAGCAUAGUUGUCUUUUCGUGAUUUGUUGUAUAGUGAUACCCUGGUGUUAUAGCAUUGUUUACUUUUCUAUAUCCGCAUGCGAACCAUGGAUCGCGUUGCAACCUCUGGUACAGUAUUACCCCUGGAGGCAUUCUUAUAUCAUUCUUUAUAUUCCUCUCAGC